AUGCCAAACACGAGAAAUCUGAGGCACCUCAACCUCAACAUGUGUUUCUCAAAUUCCACUCCUGAAUCAAAAUCUCCUCCUAUGAGUCCCAUUGUCACUGCUACAACUUCCUCACCUCAUCAUAUUCAUCACAACCCUCCAUCUCCAUCGCCUUCAAUUAUGAUUAAAAACUUCAACUCUCUCUAUAACCCUACCUUAACCAUGGACCACUCUGUUUGCUCCUCUUCCCUUUCCACCACCUCCACUUCCUUUGAACCCGAACCCGAACCCGCCGACUUCGCCACCGCCUUUGCCUCCAAACGCUUCUUCUUCUCCUCUCCUGGCCGCUCCAACUCCCUCAUUGAAUACACAAAAACCAACACAUCCAGACCGGCGCCGCCAGGUGGCGCCGAUGGUUGCAAGAAGAAGAAGAAGGCAAUGUUCAACGGCAGCGUGGCGGUGCCGACCUACUCGCCUGACCCUUAUCUGGACUUCCGGCGAUCCAUGCAGGAGAUGGUGGAGGCGCGUCCCGAGCUGAUGGACGUGAAGUCCAAUUGGAACAUCUUGCACGAGCUUCUUCUUUGUUAUCUUGCGCUCAACCCAAAGAGCAACCACAAGUUCAUUCUUGGUGCUUUUGCUGAUCUCAUCGUUAGCCUCAUGUCAUUCUAG